AUGUCGUACUGGUGGCAGAAAUAUCGCGGGCUCUCCUCCAAGCACCGUCUGCUGCUCGGCGUAGGCGUUAUAGGCUACGCUGGUCUGGGAUUGGUUUUCUCGGACGCCAUUGAAGAGAAAUUUGGCAUGGUUCCGACCGAACAGGACAAGGAGAAGUUAAAGAUGAUGGUACCGAGGGUCGUGAGGGUCGACAGAGACAGAGACGGUGAUGAGAUCACGUCCCCCCAGCGAAAAGAAUGA